UGCACUGGCCGGUGAUUACCGAGGGCGGCUGCGUGCGCCACGCGAGGGCUACAGCCCGGCACCAGACAGCCCGGCCUUCGCGGCUGUUGAGCAGCUAGUUCCUCCCUCCCCCGAGCUGCAGCAGGCGCCAUGCUGGGCAAGCGCCUCUUCGGGCAGCUCCUCCGCCGACACAACCCCGCCGUGUCCCCCAGUAAGAGGCUCAAGGCAUCGGAGCCUGACUUGCGGCUUCGCUUCGCCAAGCUCUCCGAGAACGCGUCCGCCCCGUCCCGGGGCUCGGCCCGCGCAGCUGGCUACGACCUAUACAGUGCCUAUGACUAUGUGAUUCCUGCUAUGGAAAAAGCUAUAGUGAAAACUGACAUUCAGAUCUCCCUCCCUUCUGGAUGUUAUGGAAGAGUAGCCCCACGUUCUGGAUUAGCUGCAAAACACUUCAUAGAUGUUGGUGCUGGGGUCAUUGAUGAAGAUUACAGAGGAAAUGUUGGCGUCGUACUUUUUAAUUUUGGCAAGGAAGAUUUUGAAGUUAAAAAAGGGGACAGAAUUGCCCAGCUGAUCUGUGAACGCAUCUUCUAUCCUGAGCUGGAGGAAGUUCAAGUUCUGGAUGACACUGAACGUGGUACAGGUGGCUUCGGUUCCACUGGCCAGAAUUGAAGAGACAUGUUAGAUGUAAUAAAUUCUUACUGUACUUUGGAUUUUAUUGAUUAAAAGGUUCUUUUUAUAAACA